AAGUCCAGCUGGAGGCGCACAAAUCAAACAAAUUUUGUUUUACUACUCCUUUACGACCUUUUCGCCUUUCGUCCCCGGAAGAGACGUCUUUUCUAUCUACACCAUUUAGUUAUUCGCAAUCUUCUUGUCAUUCAAAGUCAAUGUCAGUGGUAGAAGGUCUAUUUCCAGAGGCCGAGGCGCGGCUUGUGGUCCUCUCGUGCUUGUUGCGCAUAUAGACCUUCCGAAAAGGAAAAAUCAGUGUCCCUCCCUCGGAGAAAAUUAUCAUGGCUUCCUGGUGGAACACGAACCCCGUGGGUGCGGGCAACGAGAACAACUACUACGAAAACACCGACCUCUAUCGCAAGAAAAAACUGUUUCACUGUGAACUUGUGAUGCAGAAAACGGAACACAGAACUACGUGUCUUGUUGCACCUGCAAGACAUUGGAUUUCCAAGCGUGUUUUCCCUUGGGAAACGCGCAUGGCAAAUUUUCUGUGUCAUGUGUAACAAACUUGUGAUGCGCUUCUUGCAAAAUCAUCACAGUGAAACAGUUUUUGCGUGGGAUAACCUCUACGGCGAGGAGGAUCCGAUCCAGGUGAUCGAGUCCACCGAGGAGGCCGAGGACAGCACGAGCGAAUAUGACCGCGACAGUAGCAACAGCGGGAUGAACCACAAAGAUACAAAAAAUGCCUCGUACACCUACUACAACCAAACCAGGCCCGUCCAGGGCUUCACCGAAGCCACCUGGCAGCGGCAGUCCCAGAAGGAGAGAAAUGCGCAGAGCGUGGCGUCACAACACGAAAAACGGAAGCGGGCUCAGGGCGAGGGCGAGGCCUUCUACAGCGGAUCAUCUCCCGACCUGGUGGAGAAUCAAUACUAUGGCGGGACGACGGGGGCUACUACUAAAAAUGCCUCGUACGGUGCGACCAACUACGGCAAUGUGGAUAUGCUUUCGAGUAAAGGCUUUUUCGAGUAUGGAACGAACAUGGACAACAAUUACGAUGAGCAAACAAACAACUACGAUUACGGGGGGGAGUCCGACGAGAGCGGGUACUACAACACAUACGCCUACCUGCAGCAGCCCCAGAUGCAGCAGAUGGGAACGACAACCGCUGGGGCGGACGGGUCGAAUUUCACCGUGAGUCCCGUUUCCACCAAAGACAGCCGGAGUCCGCGGAGCAACAACCCGCUGACCACGGGGAACAUGCCGGACGUGCUCGGGGACCAGUUUUACAUCAUCCAAAAGGUCAGCAAGAGGGACAUUGUCGAGAACCUGGUGGGGGUGGAACUGGGGAACAAGUACACGGUGAAAGCCAUGGACUAUUACGACAACCAAAUCGGACCCAACCUGUACAUUUCCGAAGACAGCAGCUGGUUCCAGAAGUGCUGCUGCGGGCCCUCCAGAUCGCUGACGUUUGAGCUCUUCGCGGGGGACAACGCGAAAGACAACGCAUACGAGGGUGAGUUUGCGGGGAACCACGUCUUUCGCCGGAAGCACGACGCCGCCCCGUCCUCCGGGAAAGUGCUGCGCAUGAAGAAGGACUUUGUGUGCCAGUGCUGCUGCUGCCCGUGUCUGUGUACGAGCUUUUGUAAGCCGCGUUUCGACGUGCAAGCGGUCCUGCCGAACUACAGCACGGGCCGCAGUAGCUUCAAGAACAUUGGCCACGUGCAGGACCACUGCAAGUGUUGCGGCACGCGGGAGAUGGUUUACAACCAGCUGGGGGAGCACUUGUACACCGUCGAGGGGUCCGAGUGCCAGCUGGGCGCGUGCUGUCCGUUUGGGGACGCGAAGUACGCCAUCUUUGACGAACGCACCCACGCGCGAGUGGGCAUGUUGCAGAAGAAGGGCGGAGGCUUCAAGCAAAUCCUAAAGGAAGCGCUUGCGGACGCGCAGACCUUCAAAGUGACCCCGCCGGACUACGCGGGACCGAACGAAAAGGCGCUGCUCCUGGCCGCCGCUAUGAUGGUGGAGCUGCAGUACUACGUAUGAAAGUGGAAGACAAGAACCCCCCCCCUGCGUCCUUUUUUUUUGAAGUAGGGCAUGAUUGAACAGCAAGAGCAUACAAAAACAAAAAUGCAACAGUACUGCAUGAUAAAUCUACGACACGAAGAUUGUGGCCCUGGUUUGUUGGGCUCCACGAUCUGGUCGCGCAAGCAUAGCGAGUUUCUUCCUGCGUUUCAUAUUCAUUUACAAAUAAAGGGGAGCAGCAGGGGGAGCUUUUGUCCACUCUCAUAUUACGAACGUACGAACGAUAAGAGAGAGCAGUACGGUGUGGAUUAAUUACAUACGGCUAACCACGACCGCAGUACGGUUAACCACUGGAGUAAGUUUUGCGUUUCUCAUCCCGACGAGUUUGGGCCAGCAGUAUGUGAAUGCGUUUUUUCCAGCACUUUCGAAAAAACUAAGAACCUUCGGACAUUGCGAAUUUUCGUACUAAGUCUGUCAAUUAUCGUCCUCUCAUCUGCUUCCGCUUCGCAAUCGGAAGUAUGUCUUCUCUUUCAGCACCCCUUCCCUGGGCUUACCCUGGGUGAUAAGACCCAAAUUUUGACGCCUCCGCUGUUGUCUUGUUGAUGAAGUGGAGGAUUGAUUCAUGCGAGAUUUCUUGUGACGAACUGGUUCUGCACCUACUGGAUCCUUGCGAGGAGGACCAGUUUUUGCUUUGUUUUCUGCUCCUGCAAAUUUCAUAGGCC